ACAAUUAUUACGUGAUCGAUCGUGGAUCGCGGCGGACGCGAUAAAAUGCAUCGAUUGUUGUGAAUAAUCGGAUAUGUACCGAUACGUGGCUGUGGCGGUGUUGGUGGUGAUGGACCUAAAUGCUGUAACGGCGCCACCACCACCACCAGUUCGUUUAACUAUUGAUUGUGGCUCCAAAGAAAAGGGAUCACUGCUUGGUUUGAAUUUAAAAUCUAAAUCUUACACCAAAGGCUACUUAGACAGUAGGCGAGACAGUUUAGAUGUGGACUCAUUUUGUGACUUAAUACACGGAGCCAUUCCUGAUGCAAUCCGGGAUGGGAAAAUCGUAUUAGAAGAUUCAGAGUCAGACCAGGACAGCUUUGAAAAUACCCAUGUACCUAUAUCUCUUCCUCCGCCCAAAGGUUUUAUUCCAGAUAUUCCAUUACCAAAAUUCAAAGUUCCAAAACUGGGAAUUCCAAAAUUCAAAGUGCCAAAUUUGAGAACAACUCUCGACGGUCCAUUGUCGCCACCCAAAGUGGGGUCAGCUAUGUUGUUUACUAGACCAAAAGAUUACGAAGAAGAAUCAAGUGCGGAGAGAUUGGAGAAAUUCAGGAAGGGAGUGCAAAAGAUGUUACACGUAGUUAAAGUACUCGGAGAGAUCGACCAAUAUAUUUCAGAAAGAACUAGAAUAGUCGUGGAUAAAUUGUCUAAGACGUUUGCUGAAUAAUUUUUAUAUUUUGUGAUAUUAGUACCUCU